UACAAGAUUGAAGAAAAAAUUUACAUGGAAAUUUGGAAAUUUGCCCAAAUAAUUUCAUAGUAGAAAAUAAAAUCGCGUACUGAGGAGGCAAUCCUGGCAGAUACGAAGGACUUGACAACGAUGCAGGGCAAAGAAAGCCCCGUCGGGUCCAACACCCAGGAAACCCAUCAGUAUGUUGGACCCUACCGACUCGAGAAAACCCUGGGCAAGGGACAAACCGGGUUGGUGAAACUUGGCGUACACUGUGUAUUGGGUAAGAAAGUGGCCAUAAAGAUCAUCAAUCGUGAAAAACUAUCGGAAUCGGUAUUAAUGAAGGUCGAACGUGAGAUUGCCAUCAUGAAGCUCAUCGAUCAUCCCCAUGUGCUUGGUCUUACAGAUGUAUACGAGAAUAAAAAAUAUCUGUAUCUGGUUUUGGAACAUGUCUCCGGCGGAGAACUUUUCGAUUAUCUCGUCAAAAAAGCUCGACUGACGCCAAAAGAAGCAAGAAGGUUCUUUCGACAAAUUAUCUCUGCAUUAGAUUUUUGUCAUAGCCACAACAUAUGCCAUCGAGAUUUGAAGCCUGAAAAUUUACUCUUGGAUGAGAAGAACAAUAUAAAAAUAGCGGACUUUGGAAUGGCAUCACUCCAACCAGCUGGAUCAAUGCUAGAAACGAGCUGCGGUUCACCUCAUUACGCUUGUCCCGAAGUCAUCAGGGGAGAAAAGUAUGAUGGUAGAAAAGCAGACGUUUGGUCGUGUGGAGUUAUUCUUUACGCACUACUAGUUGGAGCGUUACCAUUUGAUGAUGAUAACCUCCGUCAACUACUGGAAAAAGUGAAGAGGGGUGUUUUCCACAUUCCUCAUUUCGUUCCACCUGAUUGUCAGAAUCUACUUCGAGGAAUGAUUGAAGUUAAUCCUGAUAAACGACUCACGUUGGCAGAAAUAAAUAGACACAUCUGGGUAACUGCAGCAGGAAAAGGAGAAUUAGAAUUGGAACUAUCGAUGAUGGAAGUCGUGCAGACACAUGUGAUACCGUCCGUCGAGGCGAUAGACCCCGAUGUACUUCAGGCGAUUGCCAGUCUCGGUUGUUUCAAAGAACGUGACAAACUCAUUCAAGAAUUGCUCAGUCCCAACCAUAACACAGAGAAGGUAAUAUAUUUUUUGCUUCUGGAGCGAAAGAGAAGAAGACCAGCCUGUGAAGAUGAGUUAGAAGUCAUGAGAGGCGGAAUCCGAGGCGGUACUAGCCAAUUAGAAACCGAUCCACCGAGGAAACGUAUAGACACAUGUCGAGUCAAUGGCAGUACAGCAUUACAACUCGGCCAGAUCAGUCAAGGGUCACCAUUGACUCCACGAAGACAAUCCAGCACCAGGCACCAUACGAGACGUUCGCCAAGUACUGGAUCUCACACUCACGUAUCCCAUUCUCAUACAUCAACACCCGGAGGAUCACCUCUUCAUGGCCCAAGUCUCCCAGGACUCCUUAGUCCACACAGAUCAACACCAAUUUCCCAUCAUGGUCAAUCUUCGCACAGUCCUCAUCGAUUAACCACUGGAAGUGUCAGUAGUGGAAAUGGACCAUCUCCUAAUACGACAAAUUCCACAAUAAUGGUCACGGCGCCAACUAUUGUCCAACCUCUCACUAGCGUUGGCAUUGAAUUCAAUGAGAAUUUACCAAUCGGUGUUACGCCACCGGGAUCACCUCAUACUGGUGCAGGCUCUGGGGCCCAUCAUUGGCGAUCGCGGCUUACUACUAUAAAGAAUUCCUUCCUUGGUAGUCCAAGAUUUCAUCGACGUAAACUGCUCACUAGCACCGAAGAGGUUCAUCUCACACCCGAUUCCUCUCCAGAGUUAACGAAAAAGUCUUGGUUCGGUAGUCUCAUGGCGACAGAAAAAGAUGAGACUUUUACAGUUCUAGUGAAAGGGAAACCGUUGGCCAGUGUUAAGGCUGAUCUCAUUCACGCAUUUCUAUCGAUAGCAGAAUUGUCUCACAGUGUAAGCUCACCAAUGUCUUUCAAAGUUGAGUAUAAACGUGGAAGCACUGCACCAGCAAUGUUCCAGAGACAAGUGAGAUUCCAAGUUGACAUUAGUGCUAUUUCGAAACAUCCGAGUGAACCACUAUUUGCUAUUACCUUCACACUUCUAAGUGGUAAGAGAUGA